GCCGCGGAGCCGCAGCCCCCUGCGCUGAGACGGGGACUCCUUUCUGGUGGAGGAAGCAGCGCAGCGAGGGCGGACAGCCGGUGCGAUGACAGGCAGAAACUGAACGGUUCGAGCUCUCUGUUCCCACAGAGAUUUUUUUCCCUCUAUCUGAGAAACAGAUGCACUGAGAAACAUGCCUGAGCAAAGCAAUGAUUACAGGGUUGUUGUGUUUGGAGCUGGAGGAGUGGGCAAAAGUUCUUUGGUCUUGAGAUUUGUGAAGGGCACUUUCAGAGAGAGCUACAUCCCUACCAUUGAAGACACCUAUCGGCAGGUGAUCAGCUGCGAUAAGAGCAUAUGCACUUUGCAGAUAACUGACACUACAGGGAGCCAUCAAUUUCCAGCCAUGCAACGUCUUUCUAUUUCUAAGGGACAUGCUUUCAUUUUGGUUUACUCUAUCACCAGCCGACAAUCGUUGGAGGAACUCAAACCAAUCUAUGAACAAAUAUGUCAGAUAAAAGGAGAUGUAGAAAGCAUUCCAAUAAUGCUGGUGGGGAACAAAAAUGAUGAGAACCAAAAUCGAGAGGUAGACAGCAGUGAGGGAGAAGCCAUGGCUAAGAAGUGGAAAUGUGCUUUCAUGGAGACCUCUGCCAAGCUGAACCACAAUGUGAAAGAGUUGUUCCAAGAGUUGCUAAACCUAGAAAAACGCAGGACUGUGAGUUUACAAAUUGAUGGCAAAAAAAACAAGCAGCAGAAAAGGAAAGAGAAGCUGAAAGGCAAAUGUGUGGUAAUGUGAAAUUACACUGUCAGAAGUCAGUCAUGCAGUCUCACCUGUCUGCCAAUACCCAUGUAAAACCUAUAGACAGCAAUCUACCAUGCAAGACACUAUUUAUUAGUAUCUGUUUUUAAAAAAAAAUAUAUUUGGAAUUUGAGAAAAUUAGUUACUAUGGUUACUAUGGAAAAAGCCAACAAUUAAAAAAUCCUGUACUCUAGCAGACGGUGAGUGAAGUGAAAGACCAGGAUAUCUAAUUUUGUAACUUACAGAAGAAAAGAAAUUUCAUCCUCGGCAUAAUGUGAAAGAUUUGGAAAGUCAACUUUAUUUUAUUUACAUUCACAUAUAACUGCAAGAGAAGGCAAUGCAUAAUGUUGGAAGAAAGAUAGCCAUGAAGAGAAAUGGCCAUGAAGAAAUGUAGAACGUAUAAAUGCAUACUGGGUGGCAUUCUCAUGUCCUUUCAAAAUGCUGUGGACAAAAAAAUUCUGUGCAAUUUUCAUAACUGACUGGUGGGUCAGCAUGCAUAAGUUAGUCUCGGAUCUGCCACAUAAAUGAAGUAUUUCACACUAGAAGGAAGUGUGAGGGUAGCACAGUUAAAAGCAACAGAUAAUCCAUCUACCCCCCAGAAAGAAAUUUCUUUCCAGGAUGAUGCCGUGUUUGAGCUGAAGGAUGAGGAAAGACCAGCCCCUGUAGGAGACAUGGAGAUCUUUUCUGGACUCAUCACUUCAGGAAUGACCUGUGCUUCUGGCCACAAUACAUUUCAGAUGUUUGCCUGUGGAGAACAUGAGAUUGUAUAAAAAAUGGUAUGCAUAUCCAAACAGAAAUCUUCCCCAGGGAGUAUUGGUUGGGGACUCCCCUACAAAAGCCUCUUUGAUAAAGGCACAGUUCAAAUGCUGCUGAUGGCUUAAUGAACCCAUGGUGUGCUUAGAGAACAAACUGAAAGCCUGUUGAACUGGUGGUACCCCUGGAGAGGGGUCGGUGUAGUAUACAAAGUUUUUAUUCAAAUUACCACAUUAGUUGAGUAAAACAUCUUUACAUUACUAUAUUCCAACUAGCAUGGUUUUGCAUUCAUGCUUUACUGGAUCUACUGCCUUUAUACUGUCUGAAGGGUUUUAUAGUUACCAUUUAAACUCUUGAUUUGAACUGUUAUGACUAUUUAUACAACUAAAUCCUAUAUCUGGAGUUAAGGCCCACAAGAGUCUCUAAGAGAAGAUUUGUGUGGGUAAGUACUACAGGAUUUGAUAUAUUAAGAGUUGCAGACAGUACCGUGUUACAAUGCAAUACAAAGUUCAGAAUAGAAAAAAAGGGUUUAAACCUCUCUGUCAGGGGACACUGCUCUUCUCAAAACCUUUGGAAAGGGAAGAAGUGUACAAAAUGUGAGCCUUUCUGUAUUUCUCUCCAAAGCUUUUUAAAAAACUAAUAUGAAUGAAUAAAGUUAUGUAUCCUGAUAACAGAGACCACCUAAGACAAAAGAAGCACAUACAUUUUUUAAAGGACACAUAAAAACUGUAUAAGCUAUAAUUUGCACCUAAGGAACUGCUUUGAAAUAAUAAAAACAAGCUGCCGUAUUUUGAGUAAAUGUUUAUGUCAAAAUUAUAGUAUGGGAAAAUGCAGUCAAAUACUAGUAUUAUUAGUAUGCAUGCUGUUGCAUAAUAAAUAUCUUCUAGGAGCAGUUCAAAUGCAGUAUUUGCAUUUAAAAUUGUUACUUUGUUCCUCUCAGAAUUAUUGUUUGCUUACCUUUCACAUUUCAAACAAGUGUAGACAUUUCACAGGCAGAGAGAUAGCAUACAUUUCUUUGAGCAAGAAUUGCUAUUAGCACUGUCUAGAAAGGAGCAUUCACGCUUUUGUCAUUCACUCAGAAGACAUUCUGGCACCACUAAAAUCAACCAUAAAACUCCCGAUUUCAAAGAAGGCAAAAUUUUUUGUGUUUAAUUCAUUGCAUUAGAAGAGAAAAUUAGAGCAUGAAAAAAAUCUAAGGCUCUUCCUUAACAAUAAAUUCCUGUCUCUUACAUGAUGCAUUUCCUCCAUAAAUCUGAAAGCACUUUAGAAAAAUGACAACAUCAUUAUCUUAACUUCUCAGGUGGUAAAACCGAGGCAAAAAGAGGAAGCAACUGCAUAUAAGUUACCCAGCAGACCAGGAACAAAAGCAGAUCUCUUCAGUCCCAGUCCAGUGCUUGCUCUGCAUUUGGUCAGACUGUCUCUUCACAUUCUUACAUAGCUCUUAAAACACAUAAAGAAAACUGGUGUGGCUUAUUCAACUAAGUGCAUCUUCAUCUUGUCAGUCUGUCAAGAAAUCAAACAGUAUUUCCAGUUCAGGGGUGAAAAACAUUUUAAAACACUACAUUUAUUAAGACUUAUAAAUGUUUGUACAUCUAGUCUGUUUGUAAUCAAAUGGCUGAUGAUACUCAGCUUCACAGCACUGGAUUCCACUAACAAAACUGGAAAAUCAAAAGAAUGAUCACACUUAAGGAGUAAUGGUCACACACAGAGGUCAGCAGUACAGAGGUGUCCCACUGAUGCUAAAAUGCUGGUGCCAAAGGUUAUCAUACAUGACACUUGCCUAAGCUGCCAGCAUGGAAUAAUGAUAGAAACUCAAAAAAAAAAAAUGUUAUAUGAUGACAAAGAUGCUUUUAACAUUAUUACUUUACCUGGAGGAAUUAGUUGUAUAGAAAAGAAUCUUGCAGAAGUUGAAUAUAGGGGAUCUGAAUUACUUAAAAGGUUAUGACAGCAAGGAUAUUACAGAAUGAAAUUUGGCCCUGGGCUUCUUGAAUGUGCCUCAUAGCAAGAAAAGAGUAAUUGUAUGGCAAAAGUGGAAAUUAAAUAGCUGCCAUUUGUUAGGCUUGAGGACCAUUUCCUUUAAUUCCCAGUUGAUUCUUCACCUGCUACAUAAUAAGCCAUGAAUUAUUUCAUGGACUUGCAUGUGUCAAAGCAAGGCCAGUACAGAAGCAAUAUUACUCAUGGACCACAGACUCAAAAGAGAACACAUUUUAUACCCUUGCAUUGUCAUCCUAGUUUAUACUACUAGAUUUUACAUAUCACAUACCUGUGAGCUGGUUUAAAACAUUUGUUUUGCUAUUACUCAUACAAUUAUUUUUUUUAAAUAUGGGGAAAAACUGUAAGUUUUUAAGUCAAUAAAGCAAAUAUACAGCUUUAUUACAUUUUGUGUUUUAUUUGGGAAUGUAAUAUCCGUAUAAUAAACUUUAAAAUGUACAGAAAAAAGAUGACAUAUUUAAAACAUGUAAGAUCUACAGUGAAUUUUAGCACCCAGAAAACAUGAUCUAGACAAAAUGAGUCUUUACAACGCAUGACUUUUAUAAGUAUAUAUGAAAUAUUAAGAUAUAUUGUUAUCAUAAAAAUGUGUUGUUGCGAUUUCAUUAGCAAAUAUUUUAUUCAAAAACUCUGGAUAUGAAGUCAUUUGUGCCUACAAGUUUCUAUGUUUCUGGUGAUGUUCUGAACAUAUAAAAUAAAGUUUUAAAUUGAAACAC